GUGUGGGCGUGUGUGUGUGUGUGCGGUCGGACUUUGCCAGUCAUGAUCACACGGCUGAUACUGGACCAGUGAACUCACCGCAGAGGGACAGCAAACUGCGCGAAGCUCAAGCACAACGUCAUCGAGUUGGAGUGAGUUAUCCUGCAUUUAUUGUACACCCGAGGACUUCAGCCUGGUCUGAAGACUCAUCAUGGCCGAACUGAGCGAGAGUCAGUUUUCUCUGAUGAGUCUGGAGGAUGAGCUGACCUGCAGCAUCUGUCUGAGUACCUUUGACUGUCCGGUGACCAUCCCCUGCGGACACAACUUCUGUCAGGACUGUCUCCUGGCCACCUGGAAGGACUCCUACAGCUGUCCUCAGUGCCGGACCCACUUCUCCACCAAACCGGAGCUGAAGAAAAACACGGUCCUCAGCACCGUCGUGGAGACCUUCGUGUUGAGGACCAACAGGAGCGAGGCCGGCCAGGUGGUGGAGGAGAGCAAAGCCGAGAAAAAGGAUGUUCUACGCUGUGAUACGUGUAUGGAGGCAGAGGCGUCCAAAACCUGCCUCACCUGCAUGGCCUCUUUCUGUGACGAGCACCUGCGGCCUCACCGGGAAAACCCAAUAUUUCGCCUCCACCAGCUGAGUGAACCUGUGGGCGACCUGUCGGAGCGGAUCUGCCCGGACCACCACAAGCUGAUGGAGCUGUUCUGCAGCCAACAUGGCCGUCCGAUCUGCAGCCUCUGCCUCCAGCAAGUCCACAAAGGCUGUACCUUCGUGUCUCCUGAGGAGCAGAGGAACCUGAUAGAGUCUGACCUGAGAGGCAAGUUGGAUUUGCUGGACGCAAAAAUUACAAAGAAUGAGACCGUUAUAUCUCAAAUGGGUAACAUGCAGAACAAGCUCAGGGACACAGCGACCAACAGAAAGAAGACUCUGACAGCUGAGUAUCAGCAGAUGCGGGAUAUCUUGGCCCAAGAGGAGCGUGUUGCUCUGAACACAGUGGACCGCGAGCUGGAGAGCGGUGAGACCAAACUCAAGGGUCUUGUGAAGAAGUUCACUGAGAAUAUUGACAGCAUGAGCAAAGCUAAAGAAGAGAUCCAAAGUCUGCUGAGUCAGUCCCAAACUGUGGCUUUCUUACAGGCUUCGUAUAACCUGCCCAAAAACGUCACCUUUGAUCCUUACACCCCUCAAGUCACCCUGGACUCCAAGAAGGUGACAGCAACACAGACCUCUGCUGCUGCCCUGAAGGAGUAUCUGACAGAGAUCCUUAAACAGCCUGUUGAGGCCAGACUGCUGAUGCUUAAACCAGAUGGAAAACCAGUUCCAGGCUCAGCACCUGCAAAUUCUGGAAGUGCUGGAUCUCAGCCGGAAUCCGAUGUAACCAAGCCUCCAAAGCAGAAAAAGCCACCCAGGUCCCACAGUCCCGGUCGUCCACCCAUCCAGCCUUUAUUCCAGCCAGGUCCUGGUUUUAUUAUGCCACCUGCAGGCGUCUAUCCACCCCAGCAUCCACCAGGUCCUAGAUUUAUGGCAAGACCAAAUGCACAUGUUAACACUGGCAUUUUUGGAGCUUAUGGGGGAUUUACACCUUUCAACCCAGGAACAUACCAAUCAUCUGAGCAACAGUGGACAGGUCCAGGUCCUCAACCCAAAGCAGCAGCAAAGAAGAAACAAAAACAAAAACCUCCCCAAACCACGGACGACAAAACAGAAAAAAAGAAUAACGCCCGUUCAAUGGAAAACCUGUUGGAUUUGGAUGGGAAAGACAAACCCACAAAGACAAACCCACAGACUCCUGCAGCUCAGCCCAAAGAGAUACCAGAAACGUUGGACAUUCCCCCAAACAUAACAUCUGCUGAAAAAAGAAGUGAACUUCUGAAAUAUGGUACAGUGCUCACUUUGGAUCCAAAGACGGCCCACAAACGCAUUGCACUGAGUGAGGAGUUCACUAAGGCCUCUGUGUCAGAUGAACACACAAACUACCCCGACUGCCCUGAACGCUUCGCUGUCUGCUCUCAGGUGCUCGCCACUAAGGGUUUCUCUAGAGGCCGCCACUACUGGGAAGUCCGACUGAGCAGCAACAAUUUCAUUGGCAUAGGGUUGGCUUACAGCAGCAUUGACCGCAAAGGUCCCACCAGUCGACUGGGCCGCAAUGUCCAUUCCUGGUGUGUCGAGUGGUUUAACGUUAAGCUGUCAGCAUGGUAUAACAGCAGUGAGACCGUGCUGGUCAAUCCCAAUCCAAAGCGCGUAGGCGUGCUGUUGGAUUGUGAGGAGGGCACUGCUACGUUCUAUAACGUGGCAGACAGGGCAUAUCCCUUCCACUCCUUUGUGUUCCCCUUUGCUGAAGCUGUGUAUCCAGCUUUCUGGAUUUUCUCAAGUGGCUCGUCCAUUACUUUGUGCAAGCUGCAGGCAUGAGGAGCAUAUCCACAUAAAUGGCAUGUACAGACACACACACACAGUAUCAGCACUUUUUCUAAUCAGAAUGGCUAAAAUGAAAAGAAUACCCUGCUAGUUGUGCUUACAAAGCUGGCCUUGUUGCCUGUCCAUUUGAAACUGAGUGGCAUUUUGUGCUGUUGGAAUGGAUCAGGUGAAACAGUGAUUGCUUGCUGCUAGGUGCCCCUCUGUAAGCUCUGCGUCAAACCAAAAAAGGCAUAGAUAAUGGUUUUUCUGCCCAGCCUGGGAUUAUUAGUCCAUAGACAUCUUAAAGCAUCACCUUUAAAAUGGAUGUCAGAAUUUACAGCUAAGUUCUUAGCUGUUGUCGUUAGCUACGCUAGCUUUGAUUUACAGCUGCAGCAUAUAUGCUAGCUUUUCAAAUCACAGGAAAAACAACAUACCUUGUGCUUUUAAGCCUAUAAACUGCAUUCAAAGUGAUUGGGAUGCACAUAUGCAUCAUAAUCACCUCCAUAAGUAUUUAAAAACAAGCUAUAAAUAUGUUUUUAAAGCUAUAUUUGCCUGAUAUCAGACUGAAUUGUCAACUUGUUACUCAGUUCCAAUCUUCAGUCUGACGUUGCAUCCACUCUGAUAUCUGUGGAGGUUGGAGAUUCCUCUAAGAUUUCCUCUAACCAACCACUGCAAACCCACAUAUCCGCCUCAAUCUCCGUACCAUCAGCAUGCUGGUGUAUGCCUGUGAUACGCUGAGUAUGCGGAGUCUCCACACCAUUUGACAGUCUCUGAGCCAGCAGAUAUGCUGGAGAAACUACCUUGGCAUUUGCCCUGUAGGCUGACAUUGGUGUUUGCUUUGUCAGCUGACAAUUACGUGGUUGCUGCUGCCAGGUAAGCUGUUUAAAUGCAGCUUACCUGGCCCUGGCUGUUACAUGUUAAGCUGUGCACUUGUGCACUGAUAUGAAGCAGACCUACUGAUGAGUAGUCAGAUGAGCAGCCAUGCCAACUUACCUGUUUUGAGAGUAGAGCAGGGAGAAAUAAUACAAACCACAAUAUCAGGCAAUAUUGACAAGACAUGCCGUCUUAACAGCCUUGUUAGCAGUGUCUCUUUUGUCUAUAGUGGCUGCCAUUGAUAUUACUCCUCAUUGGUUCCAACGCACUGCUUGACAACAGCGUUAGUCCCUCCAGGGUGCUGAUUGGUUAAUUGUUAGUUACCCCGUGGAGCUCAUUGGUUGUUUUUUUUUUUGACAGAGAAAACAUCAUUUCAUGUCACAAUGCCAGACCAUUCAGUCAACUCUAACUCAGUGGAGUGGUCGGAUUCAAAGGUCUGGACCAAGGCAAAUAUUGUACAUCUUAAUAUGCAGAAGGAAUAAACACAUAAUGUUGUUAUUGAUAGCAACAGAUGAGCAGAAUAAAUGAUCUACCAUACUUCCUUUUCUUUUUUUCAGUAAACCUAACUGAAGCAGAUAAUCAACACUGUAACAAAGUCUGGGUGUGCUGUCACAUUCAGCCAGCUGCCUUGAUGAGAUGAAGCUGGGAGGAAUAAUAGCUGGGUUUCCAUGUGCUGGUUUCAAUAUCAGAGAUUUGAGCUACUCCAUCCUUUACUAGGAUUACUCCAGAACACACGACACACACUGUACACUAUACGCACAGCAUGCGUGCACUCGUGUGUCUCCUGUAUUGCGAAUAUGACUGGAUAAAGAAGUGACUUAAUUAUGUCACUCUCCAGCAUAUGUCUAUAUGCAGUGUUUUCACAUGAAGUCUACAUGUGAAAAAUCUAUAUUUGUUUUGGAGUGUAGCUCUUCAGGUUAUAGGGCUGGGCAAUGUGAACAUUUUAUCAAGAUUUUUUUUUUUCUAUAAAUCAUAUGAAUCAGUUCUGGUGACCUUAAAGAUUUCCUGUAUUGCCUGGAUUCCAACUUUUGAAAUAAAAACAAUAGCUUGUGGUUGGUUGAGCUAACGUGACUAACCCUGUUAAAACAGGUUGUACAUUCCUAGAAGACUGGCUAGAAAUACAUGUUUGUUUGCUGGACUGGCUGUCCAUCGUGCACAAGCAGUGUGUCCUACAGACGGUGAAAUUUUGUUCAUCAAGAUAACUGAAUAUAUUGUUUGUAUCACCCAGCCCUAUAUCAUCACUUCAACUCUUUGACUGGUACGGCUGAUGAGAAUAGAACUCAUAUAGAAUGUUUUCAUCAAGAGCUGUCAGUCUUUAUUGGUUGAGUGUGAGUCAGGAGAUAAUGGCGAAGAGAGAGAAAGAUGACUUGCAGCAGCGGUCCUUGGUCAGAUUUGAUCCCAGGAUGUCAUGAUUGCAUGGUGUGACACAAUUUCACAUAUAUGGUAGGCACAUUAAACCAACAAGCCAUCAGAAUGCUCCGUUGGCUUUUGGUAAGGUGGUAGGAGGGUAGUUAGAUGUUAGUUUCACUGGGGUUUAUUAUUCGUUGUUUGAUGCCAAGUGUACCCCAGCUUGUAAGAUGUUUGCUGAGCACACUAGUGACUAUAGUUACGGUGGCUCAUUUCCCAAUGUGGCACCACGGGAGUACACCAGUGGUUGGUCAGUGCAUACUGAUAAGUUUCGGUCAGGCUAACCACGAUCACGCUCAUCUUGCAGGUGCUAAAAGAUGUGACAUGACAAACCAUAUGGGUGUUGAGCAGAUCUGUCUACACAAAAUGAGGUACAGUGAAGUUAGCUGUUUGAACACAGUUCUCCUUGGUCUUUUUGACAAAGGUGGCUUAAGUUCUGUUUUCAUAGCAGUUGAGAAGACACUGUUGUCUAGCAUGACUAAGCUGAUAAGCUGGUAGAGGUUCGGACAUGACAGCUGCUGUAGUGAAUUAAACUGUUUAAGUAAAAAAAAAUCUCUGAGGCAUUUCAGGCAAAGCACUUCAGGUAUGGACCUUUAGUUUUAGCUUACAUGGCAAUAUUUAAAGGUACAGUGCAUCUUUGCGUAUAAAGCCUGAACCUGUAAAGUGAAACCUGCUGUUUUCACUUUUUGCAGUUUAUCAACACAAUGGCGAAUUGUGGUUUGAGACACAUAGCUUUGUGAAACUAUAGAACGCUUUACCAUAAAAUAAGAGGUGGCCAAGCACUUACACUGUGUUGACACUGGUUUAGUCUUACUACUAUGCUUAAAUAACGUGUGUGCGUUCAUGCUUAGCAGAGUGAAAGAAUUUGUUUAUUUCAUGCAACAUUUGACUUUAUAGCUUAUGUUUUCUGUUUUUGGCUUGUAAAAAUGUGGUAUAGUCUGUAGACUCCGGUGGCUUGCAGAUCAUUUUGUUGUUUGUCCUUGUGCUCUUCAGCUGCAAUGUAUUUGAUACUGUUCUUUGUAUCUAAUACUUUCAAGGGUCCCAGUACAUUGGCUUGUACUUAAGUGUGUGUCAUCAAAAGUUAUCAAAUCAACCUUUGUGCAAUGCUUCAUGUGUGCUGGUUGUAUUCAGUGUACAAACAGGAGAUGCAUGGACAAACCAGUUUAUUUGAUUGUAUUAACAUUCUAAAGAUUUUUGUUCUAUUACAUUAAGUUUACUCAAAACCGUUUGUAAUACAAAUGAACCAAUGAUUGUUACAAAUAAAAGAUGUUUCUCUCUCUCUCUCUCUCACACACACA